UUGACGGAAGACACUUUUUUUUCAUCCCUUUAAUAACCAAGUUAACGAAAAAAAGUUAAGCAUGGAAAUAUUUCUGUUAUAAUUACAAACAUACACAUUUUAAAUUAAAAAUAUGACUCAUAAACAUUUCUAAUUACUGGUUGUUUUUCCAGUUCCUGAAACUUAUUUCUUAAUGGAGCACUUAUGACAGUUAUUACUACAUACGUGUAAUAAUAAUAAACAUUACAGGUACUGGUAGAGAACUUAGGUCAAAAUGUCUAGUGGAAUUAACGAUGUUGACGGCAACUUGGAAAAACAACUGGAUGAGGUGAAAGCUUUACAGGCAAUCUAUGCUGAGGAUUUCCAGUUAUUGGAAAAGGAAACUUCUUGGUUUCCACAUUUUAAACUGUCAUUGAGACCUGAAAGAGAUAAUGAUGAUUGGUGUGAACAUGUCCGUGUUCAUAUGAUAAUCCAGUAUAAUGAAGGGUAUCCAUACAGAAUACCAAAGAUUGAACUUGAAAAUGUCAAAGGAAUAUCUUUAGAAAAAAUAGAAACUCUGAAAAAUGAUCUUGUACAAUUAGCUAAAACCAAAGUCGGUGAAGUGAUGGUGUUGAAUUUGGCACUUCAUCUUCAAGAUAGUUUAAGACAAUUCAACACAAAAAAGCCAAAAUCUUUUCAUGAAGAAAUGUUGUGGAACCAACAGAUACAACAAAAAUUCAAAGACUCUGAAGAACAAAAGAAAUUGGCUAAUAAUCGGUUACAAGAAGAAAAAUUUAAUAAAAUUCUAGAAGAUAAAGUAAGGAAGAGAAAAAAUUAUAUUAGAAAGCAAAUAAACGAGGUUCCUGAAUCACUAACUAGAACAGAAAGUCUGGAGAUUGACAAGUCAAUACAGAGUGGAGAGGUUAAAAUAAAAGAAGAUAUAAAAAAUAAAUAUCAUUUCCUUGAAGACUCAGAUAGCCAAGAUGAAGAGAAGAUAGAAUUAAGAAAACAGUAUCGAUGGGCUUUAAACACACAGAGAUUUCAAAAUGAAUUUGAAGUAAUUGAAUUCUUAGGACAAGGUGGUUUUGGAAAUGUUAUAAAAGUGAAGAACAAAAUGGAUACAAGACAUUAUGCUAUAAAGAUUAUACAUUCAAAUGUCAAGCAUUUUAAAAACAUCACAACAGAAGUAAAGCUAUUAUCACGACUGAAUCAUGAAAAUAUUGUUAGAUACUACAAUUCGUGGAUGGAAGUUUACCAAACUUCUUCUGAAGGUAGUAUAGCAUCUUCAGAAUCAGAAGAAAUUUAUGAUGAUGAAGAAAAAUCUUAUGACUUGUCAGAUGUUUACUUUGAGAAAUCUGAUGGUCAAGAAGAAAAUGAAGAUGAUAAUGAUGAAGAUGAUAAUGAAGAAUUAAUAUUUGAGGAUGAGGCAAGAUUCUUAUAUAUUCAGAUGGAAUAUUGUGAAAAGAAAACAUUGCGGUUAUAUAUUGAUAAGAAUCCAAAUAAAAACAUUGAUGAAAUCUGGAGACUUUUUAGAGAAAUAGUCGAUGCUUUAGUUUAUAUCCAUGGACAAGGCAUUAUUCACCGUGACCUAAAACCUGGCAACAUUUUCUUAGAUUCCCAAGACCAGAUAAAGAUUGGAGACUUUGGACUAGCAACAACUCGUAGAGCUAAGGAUUUACAAGACAAAUCUGGAAUAUGUAUGCCUGAUUCUAUCCAAAGUUUAGGUUUCACAGGGAGUUUAACUCUUAAUAUAGGAACUUCUUACUACAUAAGCCCAGAAUUGAAAACAGAGAGAGGAAAAUAUGACCAGAAAGUUGAUAUUUAUAGUCUUGGUAUUAUAUUCUUUGAAAUGAAUUAUCCACCUUUCCAAACACUAUCUGAGCGACAUGAAAUUCUAACCAAUUUAAAUAAUGCUAAUGUUAUAUUUCCUGAUGAUUUUGAUGAAAAUUUAGUAACCCAGAAAACCAUUAUUAAGAAAUUAUUGAAUCAUGACCCUGAAGUCCGUCUUACAAGCAAAGAACUCAUACAUGAGUUUCUGCAACGCCUUACGAUUGAAGACACAAAAUUCAAUACCGUUGUUGAGUCUGCAACUGCAAAUCCACUUAGCAAAACAUUCAAAUAUAUAGUAAAGUCAUUGUUUGAUCAAAAGUAUGAUGAAGUAUGUGAUGUUAUGUAUGAAGAUGAAGGAAAUAGAUUAAAUAAAUUUUACAACCAGAAGAACAUACUGCUUCAGAGUAAAGUACAAGAAAUUCUUGUUUCACUGUUCCGCCUGCAUGGAAUGGUAAGAAUACAAACGCCUUUGCUCAUGCCACAAAAUAAAGUACAUGAAUUAAGCAGUGACUCACCAAUGACUGUUAUGGACCAACAAGGACAGUUACUCUGUCUGCCAAAUAAUCUAAGGGUUCCCUUUGCUAGAUACGUGAAACGUAAGCGCAUUCAAAAUUUGAAGUGUUAUAAUAUUGACCGAGUCUUCCAUGUAAAGUUACCCGGGUUACAACCUAAAGAAGUUAUUGAAUGCAGUGUAGAUAUUGUAACACCUUCAAAGGAAAGUUCUUUUCCUGAAGGAGAACUAUUAUAUAUUCUUGAAAAUGUGAUAAAUAAAUUUCCUAUAUUAUACGAAAAGAACUGUACAUUCAUUGUAAACCAUGCGUUACUUCUUCGAUCAUUUUUACUUCACUGUAACAUAGAGGAGGAACAACACAUAGAGUUUUUCAAGAUGGUUGAAAGACAGGGUGAUAAUAAAAAAAGUAUGAGGAAUAUACUGAAAUCAUUUCAUGUAGCUGACCAUAAUAUAGAUUUUUCACUGAAAUUACUGAAUAAAGAAGAACCAUUAGAAAAUAUUAGAAAGUCUUUGGAAUUUUUACUAAAAUCAUCAAGAAAGAUAUCAGAUCUUGCAUACAGAGGAAUCGAUCAACUGGAAAAGGUCUUGCAAUACUGUGAAAUGUUUGGAAUAACAAGUACAUUAAAAUUUCAGUUAGGUUGUUUACAAAAAGCAUAUCAUUUUUCUGGAAUAUUUUUCCAAAUGAAAUUAAAGUAUUACAAAGAAGCUCCAAAUGGAAAGAAACGUUUUAUCCAACACACCAUUGCAAGUGGGGGAAAUUAUGCCCAAUUAGUUCAAAAAUUUAAAUCUUCUUCUCAAACUGCUAACUUACCAACAAUACAGCCUAAUGUAGUUGGAGCUCUUAUAGCAUUUGACGUGCUUGUUCAUAUAUUAUAUGAAGAGAAGUAUGAAAUACCAAAUAAAUCUGACUAUUUAAUAUGUUCUAUGGAAGAAAAAGUAAAUCCAAAACAAAGAUUCCAAAGAGCCUUAAAAUAUUGGGAUAAGAACAUAUCUGGAACACUUUUAUAUGAAACCCAAGAGUCUUGGGAAAAAAUAAAGAAAAUUUGCGAGAAUGAAGUCAUAUCACAAGCAGUUGUGAUGAAGGAUUCCAGUGUAAAAACUUAUGACAUGUUUGAUAAUUCUCAAGGAAAAUCGCAAAGAAAGAAAAAGCAAACCAAAGGAGAUGGAUUUUCAGAAAACCCCAUUGAGAAUGAUCCUGCAGCGAAAAGCAAUGACUUUCAUUUCAAAUUUGUCCAUAUCAACCACAAGAAAGUGCAUGGGAACAGUAAAAUUGAAACUGCAAUUUGUUCAAAACUUGAAGGAAGUUUGAAAUGGGCUCCUUUGAAUGGUUCUACAAUACAAGUGAUUGCUGCUGAUCUUUCUAAAGAAGUUCUUGAUGAAAUUGUUUUUACAAACAACCUGUCAUGUGAUAGAAAAAACUCUUCAGCCAAAAACUGCAAGUCAAAAGACAAGCAGCUAACAAGAGAAGUAAAUGAAAGUAUUAAAAAACUGAAAAAUGAUAAUUGUGGUGAUUGCAUAAUAUUAUACAGUAAGCAGAGUGACACGUACAUAAUUUUAUGAAAUUCAGCAACUUUGUGAUAACAAGAAAAAAAAAAUGAUGUUUACCAAGCAACAGUGAUGCCUCAAUCUGUCUGUUUGUCCUUUUCUUCUUUCAUUUUUUUUCCUAAUUUGACACUAGUCAGAAAAAAUACAAAGCAAAAAAGAUAUUUUCAAACUUUUUUUUUUGUCUAACCAUAUUGAAAUGGGUUAAAUUUAAUCAUUUAGUUAGUUUAAAUAUUACAGAAACUCAAUAUAUCUAUUUAUCUGUAUCAAUACCAUUCAGUUUCUCCUUCUGUGAUUUCGUUGUGAUCUCUUAUUGCAUUAAUGGAUAGGAAUAUUUCAGUUCUGAUCAGACAAAUAAGCCAGUUUGUGUUAACAUUUUUUAAGGCGAAGGGCAUUAAAACAUUAACAAGAAAUGCGGUGAGGAAAAAAAAAGAAGAAAUCAAUAGUAUUCGUUAAAGGCUAAUAUUAUUGUUUUAUAUUUUCCUAAUGAGUACAGGUAAUAACUUUUCAUAUAAUAACUUUUCUGGCCUCUUCUGCAAAGUCUAGCCUUCACCGUAUCUCCCGAAACAAUAAUGAAUCAAUUCUUAAAUAAUAUGCAAGAGUAUAAAUGGAAACUAGAAUUAUUUAUAAAUGAAGUAAUUCACUGCAAUACAUGUGUUACUGUUGAUGUUAAUGCAUGGAAUAUUAAAAAUGGUUAAAGAGAAACAAAAUGCUAAUUUUUUAAAUCUGAAGUUACAAAUUUGUUUCAUUUGAUAGUAAUUUUAUUGUAAUGGUAUGUAAGAGAAUUAUGCAGUGAAAUUUUCUGAUCUAAUUAAAACCAGUUUCAUAAAUUGGAAUAUAUAAUUAUCUGCUAUAUAUGUAUUUAUAUGCAAAGUUAAAUUUAGGGAUAGAAUUAGAAUAAUCUGAGGGAAUGAUGAUUGAAGUAAUAUAAAACAUUUUAGUGAAGACUUUUAGAAAAGAGGUUGUUAAUACAACUCUGUGAAGUUUUUUUUUCAUUUGAUAGGCUAUCAAACCAUUUCAUUUAACUGUAAAUAAUUUAUUUAAA